GCCACCUCACGAUAUCAUCGCUAGGGGGCCGCACAAGUUCAAGUGUCUUGAGAAACCCCCCUCUAGCGCUUUACGACUAACGCCUCACGCAUCCUGAGAUGAGGAUCGUUGGACUUUGUCGUCCUGUUAUACGCGGAUUCGCAUGAGAGCCCCUCAAUAAGUUCAGGUUCAACGCUUCGAAAAUGGCGGACGAGAAUCCAGAGCUUCACACCGCUUUGCGGGAGCUUGACAGAGAAUUGGAGGAAGGGGAUAUCACGGAGAAAGGUUAUCAGAAACGCCGGACAAUCCUCUUAUCACAGUUCUUUGGCCCUAACAGCGGCCUCGACUUUAACACGCCCAGUUCAGAAGGGCAUUCGUCGCUAACAAGCUCAAACAAUGCCCCGCCGGCCAUCCUAAACGUUCGACCUCCUACAGCCGACUCUACAGCCCAGGGAUACUCUUCUUUCGCCAACGGACGUGACAAUACACAGGGCAACGGAAGCUUCGGAUACGAUCGAAGAAUUAGCGCAGAUACGCAAGGCACGCCUGAUAGAGAUGGCGCAUUUUUACAGGCCUUUGAUCGGACAUCGUCCGCCUCAUAUGAUUCUCUAUUCCUGCCAAAGCCACAGCAACAAGCCCCGGUCCCACAAGAGGACUCAAGGACAGCAACACUAUUGAGCCAGAAUUAUGCAUUCAAUCCCGGACCUUACCAAGGACAUAUUGAUGACUCUGCUGGGGGUUAUGAAACGCCACUUGGCGGGGUUACGCGACAGUCGACGAUGCUUGACUCACAGCAAGGGUACUUCUCUGAUUUUGCGGGACAGCAGCAGGAUGAUUAUAGAGAUAGUUAUGGGGGUGGUGGUCUCCACCGUUAUUCCCAGUCAGACGCAUUUUCACCCACUGCAAAUAUGGCGCCGCCGCUAAUACCGGCUUCCGAGCUUCCUCAUGGACCUGCAAUUGAGCACUUGCUUCCGCUGGAGCCUCGCGACAUACCUUUUGCAGUCCACGACCCCCAUGACAAGAACAUGCUGAUGUCUAAUUUCGACAACAUUCCUGCUGUGCUCCGACACCGCGCCCGUAUUCAUUCAAAGCAGGCCGCGUACUGGGUAUUGGACCAAAAGGGCAAGGAGAUCGCGUCGAUCACAUGGGAGAAACUUGCAAGUCGUGCUGAAAAAGUCGCUCAGGUUAUCCGAGAUAAGAGUAACCUGUAUCGCGGCGACCGAGUAGCUCUCAUCUACCGAGAUUCCGAAGUCAUAGAGUUCGCAGUUGCGCUCAUGGGAUGCUUCAUCGCCGGCGUUGUGGCUGUACCAAUCAAUAGCCUCGAGGACUACCAAAGCCUCAACCUUGUCCUCACCUCAACACAAGCGCAUCUUGCAUUAACUACAGAAAAUAAUUUGAAGAACUUUCAAAGGGAUAUUACCGCUCAAAAAUUGAAUUGGCCAAGAGGUGUAGAGUGGUGGAAAACGAACGAAUUUGGAAGUUACCAUCCGAAGAAAAAGGACGACAUACCGCCUCUCGUGGUACCUGAUUUGGCUUACAUCGAAUUCUCAAGAGCUCCUACAGGGGACUUGCGCGGUGUUGUCAUGAGUCACCGAACGAUCAUGCAUCAAAUGGCUUGCUUAAGUGCAAUGAUCUCCACCGUGCCGGGCUCUUCGAAAAUAAGGCCGCAUGGGGAAACGAUCAUGAGUUAUCUCGACCCCAGGCACGGAAUCGGUAUGAUAUUAGGCGUGCUUCUUACAGUGUAUGGCGGUCACACAACCGUCUGGCUAGAGGACAGAGCAGUUGAGACACCAGGGCUUUACGCACACCUCAUCACGAAGUACAGGGCAACUAUCAUGGCUGCAGAUUACCCUGGUCUCAAAAUAACCGCUUACAAUUAUCAACAAGACCCUAUGGCUACGCGGCAUUACAAGAAAAAUUCUGAGCCCAACUUUGGAAGUGUAAAGCUCUGUCUCAUAGACACUCUCACUGUCGAUCCUGAAUUCCAUGAGAUCUUGGCGGACAGGUGGCUUAGGCCAAUGAGAAACCCAAGAGCUCGAGAGAUCGUCGCUCCAAUGCUAUGCUUGCCGGAGCAUGGAGGCAUGGUAAUUAGUGUGCGGGAUUGGCUAGGUGGUGAAGAACGUAUGGGCUGUUCUCUGACUCAUGAGAUGGACCCAAAUGGACGCGAGGGCUCGAAGAAGGAGGAGAAGCAAUCUGAGAAGACUAAAGACAACAGCGGUUUUGGUAGCAGUCUGCUGAGUGGGGGAUCUUCUCCCGCUCCGGUCCCGAAAGAGCAAACGAGGAAUGAGCUCCAAGAAGUCCUUCUAGACAAAGAGGCCUUGAAAAGCAAUGAGAUUGUUGUUUUGGCGAUGGGUGAGGAGGCUAGAAAAUUUGCUGCGUCUAUGCCACAUGCUGUACGUGUUGGCUCGUUCGGUUACCCUAUCCCUGAUGCCACACUGGCUGUUGUCGAUCCCGAGACGAACUUGCUGUGUACACCGAACGUGAUUGGGGAGAUUUGGGUAGACUCGCCAUCCCUUUCAGGAGGCUUCUGGGCGCUGCCAAAACAUACCGAAGCGAUCUUCCAUGCGCGGCCUUACAAGUUUGAAGAAGGUAAUCCGACACCCGUGUUGGUUGAACCGGAAUUUUUGCGGACGGGUCUCCUGGGCUGUGUGAUUGAGGGGAGAUUAUUUGUCUUGGGCCUUUAUGAAGACCGUCUUCGCCAGAAGGUUGAAUGGGUGGAGCAUGGACAAGAAAUUGUUGAACAUCGCUACUUCUUUGUUCAACAUAUAAUUGUCAGCCUUCUGAAGAACAUACCCAAGAUACAUGAUUGCACGGCCUUUGAUGUCUUUGUCAAUGAAGAACAUCUUCCAAUCGUGGUUCUAGAAUCAUACGCAGCGUCCACAGCACCAGCAACCUCCGGUGGGCCUCCACGGCAACUAGAUUCUGUUCUCCUUGAAUCUCUCGCGGAAAGGUGCAUGGAAGUCCUCUAUCAAGAGCACCACUUGCGGGUCUACUGUGUGCUAAUCACGGCCCCCAACACUCUACCUCGCGUCACUAAGAAUGGUAGGCAAGAGAUUGGUAAUAUGCUCUGCCGCAGGGAUUUCGAUUCUGGGACUCUACCUUGUGUUCACGUCAAAUUCGGUGUCGAACGAUCAGUUAUGAAUCUGCCGGUUGGAGUUGAUCCAGUCGGAGGUAUCUGGUCGCCCCUGGCCUUGAUGUCGAGACAAGAAAUGCUUGCUAUGCAAGAAAAGCAAUAUUCUGGGGUAGACUAUCGUGAAGUCGUCAUGGAUGAUCGCACAUCUACACCAUUGAGCAAUUUCAAAACUAUUGUGGAUCUUCUUCAUUGGCGUGUAUCUCGACAGGCAGAAGAACUGGCUUACUGCUCUAUUGACGGUCGUGGGAAGGAAGGAAAGGGCAUCACAUGGAAGAAAUUUGAUUUGAAGGUUGCCGCUGUAGCAACCUAUCUGAGGAACAAAGUCAAAGUUCGCCCGGGUGAUCACUUGGUGCUGAUGUAUACUCACUCAGAAGAAUACGUCUAUGCAGUCCAUGCCUGUUUCUGUUUGGGGGUGGUUGCCAUCCCUCUCCCCCCUAUCGACCAAAACCGGCUUUCAGAAGAUGCCCCCGCUUUCUUACACGUUAUCAACGAUUUUAAUGUGAAAGCUAUUCUUGUGAACAGUGACGUUGAUCAUGUAAUGAGACAGAAGCUUGUUUCUCAGCAUAUCAAGCAAUCUGCACAGGUCCUGCGGAUAGGUGUACCAGCGAUCUAUAACACCACGAAACCCACAAAACAGUCGCACGGCUGUCGGGAGCUUGGCUAUGUUGUAAAAGACGCUUGGCUUCAAGGAAGUACACCGGCCAUGGUUUGGACUUACUGGACACCAGACCAGAGGAGAAUAUCAGUCCAUAUCGGCCAUGAUACGGUCAUGGGCAUGUGCAAGGUGCAGAAAGAAACAUGUCAGAUGAGCAGUGCGAGACCAGUACUAGGCAGUGUCCGCAGUACCCUGGGACUUGGCUUCCUCCAUACGUGCUUGAUGGGUAUUUACGUUGGAGCACCGACGUAUCUUGUGUCACCUGUCGACUUCGCAACAAAUCCCAUGACGCUUUUCGUCACCCUUUCACGCUAUAAGAUCAAAGAUACGUAUGCCACUAGCCAGAUGUUGGAUUACGCCAUGACUGCAAUGGCCGGAAAGGGAUUCCAACUCCAGGAACUGAAAAACCUCAUGAUAUCCGCUGAAGGCCGUCCUCGUGUCGAUAUAUACCAGAAGGUGCGCCUGCACUUCGCUACUGCUAGCCUCGACCGUACCGCAAUCAACAUAGUGUACUCCCAUGUCCUCAACCCGAUGGUCGUUACAAGGUCAUAUAUGUGCAUUGAGCCGAUUGAACUAUGGCUUGACCUUCGCGCUCUGCGUCGUGGACUUGUGUGCCCUGUCGAUCCAGACACUGAUCCGACUGCUCUUGCCGUCCAAGACUCUGGGAUGGUGCCCGUGAACACACAAAUAGCUAUUGUGAACCCAGAGACUUGCACAUUGUCCCAUGUGGGUGAAUACGGCGAGAUUUGGAUUCAAUCGGAUGCCUGCGCUAGGGGAUUUUAUGGGUCCAAACAAGACUUCGACCAGGAACGUUUUAACGGGCGAAUCGUGGAUGGGGACCCUAGUGUAGCCUACGUUCGUACUGGCGAUCUGGGGUUCCUUCACACGGUCACGAGGCCUAUCGGGCCUGGCGGGCAGCCUGUUGAGAUGCAAGUACUUUUUGUUCUCGGAGGGAUUGGAGAAACAUUUGAAGUCAAUGGUCUCAACCAUUUCCCAAUGGACAUUGAAAACUCAGUUGAGAGAUGUCACCGCAACAUUGUGACUGGAGGCUGUGCUGUCUUCCAAGCCGGUGGAUUGAUAGUGGUAGUCGUUGAAGUUACAAGGAAGGCUUAUUUAGCAUCUCUCGUGCCUGUAAUCGUUGACGCUGUCCUAAACGAACACCAAGUUGUUGCCGACAUUGUGGCAUUUGUUUCUCAUGGAGACUUUCCUCGGUCUCGAUUAGGCGAAAAACAGCGUGGCAAGGUCUUAGCGUCUUGGGUCACUCGGAAACUACGUACGAUUGCCCAAUUCAGCAUCCGUGAUAUGGAAGGCCCAGAGCAUCCAUUCUCGACGGGUCCUCAGCAUCGCGGCAGCCGGAGCUCCAAACCAGGGAGCAUGAUGGGCAACAGCACUCGACGGUCUACCGUAAUCCCAGACUCUGAUUCUGCUCUGCCUCACUCACCGGCACCAGUGCUUAUGGAACAGCCUGAAGCAGCGGGCUCCUAUCAUGCUGCACAGGAACGAGAAGCGCCGGCGAUUGACAGUCCCAUAGCCAUUCCCGAAACAGUCCCCACGGUUCCACAGAUCGCGGAACCGACACGGCCGACGACCUCUUCCACCACGGGCGUUCUCCCGGCAAAAGCCGAAGCUCCCGCAACAAUCGGCAACCCGGACUUCGGAUUUGACUUCGGCAAUUUUGCUAACUCAGCAACCACAACCCCAAUGGAACCAAAUGCUACCACCUCAGUGGUUGAAAGUCUACCUUAUCGGAAUCCUCCUAGGGGCGAUUCUCUUGCCUAUCAACAGCAGUAUAGUGGUGCUUCUGGUGGUGUUUCAACAGGUCAAGCAGACUUCUACGAUAGGCGGUCUGAUGCGCUGGAUGUAGGUGCUGGCGACUGGCCACAAGAAGCUCUCAUGUAUCAGUCAACGCUGGGAGCUGAUGAUACAUUUGGUCAGAGUGGCCCGGGGGCUCACUGUAACAGUGAUAUGACAAGGAGGCGAUACGAUGGAAAUAAUUACGGGCUCUAAAGGCACCCAACCCAAAUUUCACUACUUUAGCAUGCGACACUAGCCAUGACGUCUAGAAAAGGUUAUUACAUGCCAUUGCGUGCAAGUACUUUGAUAUCAUGUUGGCUACCUUAUACUUUUUCUGGUAUAGGGUACUUGGAGCUCGUUCUUUUUUUUUUGUUGUUCAUCUCCCUUACGCAUUUCCGUUGCAUCUAUGACUUGACAUAACCCCAAUGACUCUUUAGACCAUUCCCGCCGUUCGCAUUCAUCUUCGCGCAGUUGUCCUCGAUCAAACUGAAUUGCCUAGUUUGCUUUUGCAUUACGAACGAUAUGUAGCGUUCUGUAUAUACAUACCCUACGAAUGAAGAUGCUUAGACGCAUAUAGCUAUCUAUUGGUCCACCGUCUCCGUCUCUACUCCCCUUGAGUUUGAUCAGUGACCCACAUCAAUGCUCGAACAGGUUCUCAAAGUGUUACGGAGUGGAUCCCGAAAAGUUUCAUACCUUAACCUUACGGUUAACGCAGAACCGAGGCAAU